AACAAAUCCAAUCGCAAAUUAAACCGCCCGCGCAAAUAUCCGCUCACAAAAGUUAAUUGAAAAGCUGUAUAGCAUAAUUGUAUAUUGGGAUUUGCAGUCAAUCUUCCCACAAUGAUGAAAUAGAAGCGACGAACUUUUGUAGUUUAGUGUAAGUAGGCUAAACUAGGCAUCGUGAUAACCUGCAACGCUUGAGCGCCUGAACUUGCGCACACUAGCGCUGAUAAGGAGCCUUCCAACAAAGGCUGUCUCCCUGCUGUGCUCGACUGCUGUGAACGGAGUGCGUUCAGUCAAUGUGUGUACUCUGCAAUUACAGUUAACAAUUGCCACUUGCUGUUUGCGCAAGGUAAGCAAACAGGUAACAAUUUAUCUACAGAUUGUCACUGCCACAAGACACUCUACGCCCAACUAUAAAACCAUAAACGUGCCCUGGACAGGACGCAUUCCCUGCACACAGCUCGGCGAAGCAUGUACAGCAUGUUGAACCUUGUGGCCGGAUUUCUGUUGCUAUUGCUGCAGUUGCUCCAAGGUGGUUCAGCACUGGACAAUGGCCUGGCACUCAAACCACCCAUGGGCUGGAUGUCCUGGCAGCGCUUUCGCUGCAUAACCGACUGCAAAACUUAUCCCGACGAAUGCAUAAGCGAGCAGCUGUUCCGGCGCCACGCGGAUUUAAUUGUCUCCGAGGGCUAUGCUGAUGUUGGCUACGAGUAUGUCAUCAUUGACGAUUGUUGGCUGGAGAAGGACCGGGAUAACAAGACAAAGAAACUUGUGCCGGAUCGCAAGCGUUUUCCCAAUGGCUUGAACGUGCUGGCCGAUCAUAUACACGAACGAGGACUUAAGUUUGGUUUGUACCAGGACUUUGGCACAAAUACGUGUGCCGGCUAUCCGGGCGUCAUCAAUCACAUGGCACUCGACGCGGCAACAUUUGCCAAUUGGGAUGUUGACUAUGUCAAGUUGGACGGCUGCUAUGCCAAUAUAAGCGACAUGGCUGCCGGUUAUCCCGAAUUCGGACGACUGCUUAAUUCAACAGGCAGGCCCAUGGUCUAUUCCUGCAGCUGGCCUGCGUACCAGUCAGAAGUUGGCCAAAUGCCCGAAUAUGAAUCCCUGAAGAAACACUGCAAUCUGUGGCGCAACUGGGAUGAUAUUGACGAUUCAUUGGAGUCGGUCAUGCAGAUAAUUGAUUACUUUGGCAAAAAUCAGGACAGCAUACAACCACAUGCUGGACCAGGACAUUGGAACGAUCCGGAUAUGCUGCUGCUUGGCAAUUAUGGUUUAAGCUAUGAUCAAAGCAAAUUGCAAAUGGCCAUUUGGGCUGUGCUGGCGGCACCCCUGAUAAUGUCCAAUGAUUUGGCCAAGGUGCGACCAGAAAUCAAGGAUAUCCUGCAAAAUCGGGCCGUAAUUGCUGUCAAUCAGGAUCCGCUGGGCAUACAGGGCCGACGUUUGCUCAUGAAAAAUAAUAUUGAGGUCUGGCGUCGUCCCAUAACACCGACAGCCGAUGCCGAAUACUCUUACGCCGUGGCUUUUGUCAGCCGUCGUGUGGACGGCGCGCCAUAUGCCAUAUCAUUUACGCUUAAAGAUCUGUCGCUGAACAAUGUGUACGGCUACGGCGUACAGGAUUUGUUUGAGCCGAAUAGCAACUUGGGCGUCUUUAGACCGGAGAGUCAUUUCAAUACACGCGUUAUUCCCAACGGUGUCAACUUCUACAAGUUUACGGCGCUGGGAAUUUGAUUUGAGCAACUUCUACGUAUUUUAAACGAAUUUAAGCCAAGAAGU